GGGCACAAUCUAUGGAUGAAAAUGAAAUGAGUUGUACAGUGCCUAUUGGCAUCUAUGGUGAUAGUGCCCGUGUGGACACUGCAUUCGGGUCAGAAAACAUACUCGCCCUUUUCUUGAAUGUCGUUCUUUGGCGACCACGGUCGAUGAGGUGGAGUCGGUUCUUGAUUUGUGCGAUCGCUGAAGAGCGUCUUACCAGUGAAACCAUCCCAUCACUUCUCAGACGAAUUACUUGGAGCUGCAACCACGCGUUCCAUGGACGCCAUCCAUUGUGUGGGCAAUUUGGCUAGGUAUUGGUUGGUAAAGCUGCUGGACUUGCAGGGAAGCAGCUGACGUCCAAUUUCCUGAAAUUUCGGGUAGCUGAACUACGUGGUGAUUGGAGUUUUCACAAAAAGAUCUGGAGGUUUGCUGAAAAGACACAUUGGAACGGUGUUCACGUCUGCCAUUUGUGUAACGCAAAGGGCAUCUCUGAUGUGUGGGAGGAAUUGUAUUUCAACCUGGAGACAAACACACAUGAAGACUUUUCACUUCCACAGUUCAUUGCCCGAAGGGUGACACCUCAUCGGGUUUGUCCAUUGCUUGGCCUCUUCGGAUUUCAUCAUACCACCAUCCGGUGGUGCUUGAUGCACACCAUGAAUCUUGGUCUUCUCUAUGUUGCCAAUGGUGGGACGAUGCAUGUGCUCUUGAAGUGCGGCAUUUGGGGAACACCUGAUGAAACAGUGCAAGUGCGACUUCACCGAGCAUACCUUGCAUUCAAGAGAUGGUGUUCCAGCAACAAGAUUGCUUGUAGCCAACCUGCGUUUCAACCUCGUCAUUUGUACCAAAAAAACGGAGAUGUGUCCCUGGUUUGCAAAGCCUACAAUGGCCGUGUGGUGAUGCAGUGGUUAGCUGAAACAAUUGCUGAAGUCUCCCAGCGAGAUGAUGUUGCUGAUGUGGAUGAUCGUAUUGGCCCAAUUGCGCUCUGCAUGCUCCACCUCGCCCGCUUCAUGCUGGGCAUUGAAAAUGCGGGCCGUUUCCUGACCCAAGAUGAGUCACGAACACUCUUUCAUGAUGGUCGAGAAUUCCUUCGGAUCUACAUCAAGUUGGGGCGGCUGAGUGUCAGGAGAAACCUCCAAGAAUGGUUUAUCAAACCAAAAAUACAUGGCCUAUGGCAUAUACUCCGUGGAAUUCGAUCUCACAGAUCCAAUCCACGUUUCUGGCAUUGUUUCACUGAUGAGGAUGCAAUGUCUUGGACCAAGCGUACCUUCCUCAGAGCUCACCCUCAUCAUCGAGCCAGUUGGAUUAUCAAGUGUGGACGAAUGAGGAUCUGGGCCACCAAGCUGAGAAUCAAGAAGAUGAACAAGGAAGUUCAUGCAAGACUGGCUCGUGGACGUGGCUAACGUGAAAAA